CCGUUGGAGGCGCGGCUGGAGAUGCCUAAGGACCUGUCUGUAUCUCCGUAAUUCACCAAUCGUACCUCCACCCGGCGGCGGCGGCGGCGGCGGUGGCAUGGCGAAGAGAGGCAAGUCGGCCGAGGCGGCGACCUCCACGGCCCCUCCUCCAAGCCCCUCCCCAGCCAUAAAGGCUAAGGCGAAGCCCCGGCUGGAAAUCGAGGGGUACCCCGUGGAGGGCAUCUCCAUCGGCGGGCACGAGACGUGCGUCAUCUUCCCGACGCUGAGCCUCGCCUUCGACAUAGGCCGGUGCCCGCAGCGCGCCGUGGCGCAGGACUUCCUCUUCAUCUCGCACGCCCACCUCGACCACAUCGGAGGCCUCCCCAUGUACGUGGCCACGCGGGGGCUCUACAGGCUGCGCCCGCCCACCAUCUUCGUCCCCAAGUACCUCAGGGAGCUCGUGGAGCGGCUGUUCGACGUGCACCGCGCCAUGGACCAGUCCGAGCUCAACCACGCCCUCGUCCCACUCGACAUUGGCGAGGAGUAUGAGCUUAGGAGGGAUCUCAAGGUCAGGGCCUUCAAGACCUACCAUACCAUACCCAGCCAGGGGUACGUGAUAUACUCAGUGAAGCAAAAGCUCAAGAAGGAUUAUCUUGGCCUCCCGGGGAGCGAGAUCAAAAGGUUGAAGCUAUCAGGCGUGGAGAUUACUAAUACAGUGACAACACCCGAGGUUGCUUUCACUGGGGAUACGAUGUCAGAUUUCAUUCUUGAUCCUGACAAUGCAGACGUAUUGAAGACGAAAAUUCUUGUGAUGGAGAGUACUUUUCUUGAUGACUCUGUCUCGAUUGAGCAUGCAAGGGAAUAUGGGCACAUACACUUGUUUGAGAUUGCGAAUCACUCUGAGAAGUUUGAAAACAGAGCCAUUCUACUAAUUCACUUUUCGGCUCGUUAUACAACAGAGGAAAUUGAUGCAGGGAUAAGUAGAUUGCCCCUGUCGUUCCGAAGCAGAGUUUAUGCGUUGAAAGAGGGCAUCUGAAAUUAGGUUUCUUGUCUUGCGUCGAAACUAGACGAACAAAAUGUCUGUAUUUUUCACCCUAAACCUUGCUUGUAUGGUAUGCCAUCGUAACAAGGUUCUUGACAUGUCCCUAGUAUUAAAUUCAUCUGGAAUUCUGUGAAA